AUGACCUUGACCGUUUGCCUCACGACGGCGCUGCUUCUGUCUGAAGACUCUUCUUAUAGCAUUUCCGUCAUUGCAAAGCACAUGCAAACUAUAUGCCUUGCAGGAACGCCUGCUCAAAGCUGGGAGAGGGACACUUGGCCGGCGCUUAAAAACCUCGCUAGAAACAGGCCCGAGGCUGGAGUUCAAUUUCAGGAUCUCAAAAUCAUGAACCGGAAGAAAGACAGAGAUACUAUCACGGCCAAGUGGUUUGCUGGGCUUCUUUCCGACAAGCCUUGGUGGUCUACAGUCUUCCCCGACGUGGAAUUGCAAUAUCGUCCAAUCCCGAAGACUGAACUCGAGGAGGGCGUAGACAGCGGACAUGCCAUGACAUCGGUCUGCAUCAACACCGCCAUCUAUCUGCCCUGGCUUGUCGGUGAAUGCCUCAAAUGGGGGGUGGUGUUCAAACGAGCUGAACUAGGGCACAUAAAAGAUGCUUCGACCAGUCACCACAGUGGUGAAAAACCUGGCAUCAUUAUCAACUGUACCGGCCUAGGCUCGCGUACUCUGAAGGGCGUAUGCGAUUUGAACCUCCACCCCGCGAGAGGCCAAAUUGUUCUGGUUCGAAACGAAUCCAACGGCAUGACAGCGACGUCAGGGACCGACGAUGGGCCAGAUGAGGCAAUGUACGUCAUGUGUCGUCCUGCCGGCGGAGGCACAAUUCUGGGUGGCUGCUACCAGCGCGACAACUGGGAUUCGCAGCCCGAUCCCGACCUUGCGAUUCGUAUCAUGCAACGUUGCGUUGCUGCGCAUCCCGAGUUGACCGGAGGAAGGACCAUCGAAUCCCUCGACGUCAUCAGGCAUGGGGUUGGGCUUCGACCUGCAAGAGACGGGGGUGCGAGGGUUGAAAAGGAGAUGAUCGAAGACAUGUGGGUGAUUCAUAACUAUGGGCAUGGAGGAGCUGGAUACCAGUGCUCAUAUGGCUGUGCGAAGGCAGUUGUGGAAUUAUUGAACGCUCAUAUAUAUGUGAAGGCAAGACUUUGA